AUGAGUUUCUGGGAGCGUCACAAGCACAACAUCUACAAGUAUGGUCACAUUUACGCCACACUCUACGGUCUUAUGGUAAUCAAUUACAUACCGCAGCGUCCUACAAAUACCUUCACGCAUCGCCUAGCCGUUAUUUAUGGGCACGCGCUCAGCGUUUGUCUGAUCCUUGUGCUUCCGAUUUAUUUUGCGCGCAACAUCUCCGUGCUCACUGCAGCUGGUGACCAGCGUGGCCACCUGUUGCUACUGGUGAAUUUCGCCAACACCUUGCUUAAAUAUAUCACAGUUGUGGUUACGUAUGUGGCCAAUUUUGCACAUUACGCAGCCAUACGCGCCGUCACUAGAGUGCGUCAGCAGCUGGAGGACGACUUCAACGGCAGCCUACGUGCGCUACCAGCAUACGAUGAGCGUCCACGGAAACAAUUCGAAGCGAUGCUGCUCUUUAAGUUCGGCCUUAUCAACGCCAUGAUGGCCGUACAGGUGGCGAACAUACUCUAUCAGCAUUUUAACGGCGCACAUCCGGUACGCGUGCACAUCGCUGUGUACACAUUUGUAUUGUGGAACUAUACCGAAAAUAUGGCCGACUACUUUUACUUCAUCAAUAGCAGCGCUUUGAAAUUCUACCAACAACUCAAUCAACAGCUGCACCAAGUAUUGCGCGAAAACAAACUGUUGCAUUACUUUCGACUGCGCGGUCAGCGGCGCGGCACUGUGCCGCAUUUGUGCGGCUUACUAUGCGACCGCCUGGAUACGUUAGCGCAGCGCUACCGGCAGAUAAAUCAACUAUACCAAGACAGCCUGACAAUGCAUCAAUUCCAGAUACUCGGUCUUGUCUUCAUUACGCUCAUCAGCAACCUCACCAACUCGUUCAUUCUCUUCAAUCUGUUUGUGAAGCAUUCAGAGUCAGGCGUCUCGCCAGCUAUUGUGCUGAACGCGGUGCAUGCCAUCAUCUUCUACGUGGACACCUACAUUGUGGCGCUGGUGAGUGAGAACAUCAAUCUGGAAUUGCGAAACAUUAAUCAAACCCUGCGGCAGUUCAAUCAACUGGCCCUGCUCGAUGCCCGCCUGCAGCAGACGGUGGAAGGUUUCGCGCUCUACGUAAUGAACAAUCGGGUUGAGGUUCCUAUCUGUGGCCUCUUUAUGCUGGAUAGGAGCUUGACAUUUGUAACGGCGUCCACCGCUUUGUCAUAUUUCAUAACGCUCGUGCAAUUCGAUAUGAAUUUGACGUAA